ACAAGAGGGCAACUAUUGGAACUGAAUGAAGCAAGAAUGAAGCAAGAAUGAAGCAAGAUUUCCGUUGGUACUGUGUUCCUCCCUUUGGACUGACUUCAAAGACUCGCUGAAUUGAUUUCCGCCUAUGGCACGAGUGAUGAAUGAAUAAGAAAAAUUAUAAAGCGCUGUUUGUUGAUUGUCAUUUCUUACAUGGAGGGAACGGGAUUUGGUGCAGCGGCACCGACGCCAUUGGUUAGGUUGUGGAGAACUGCGUUUUUGACGCUGAGGGAUGAAACCCUAACGGUCCCUCCUCGCAAUUCCACGGCACAAUUGCUCGAUAAUCUCAUUUUCUCCCACUCAGACGCGUUGCUCUCCGCCGCUGCCGAACUUCCUUCUCACGAGGUUUUGUCAGACAUUUUGUUUAUCAUGGAAUUGGUUGCUGCGACUUCUUCAGAUGAAGAAGAUUUUACUCGUAUCUAUGCACAGACUUCACGCCUGAUUCAUGAUAUAUGUCGUUGUGUUUCAUUCGAAUUAAAUUUCUCCUCUUUUAGUAGUGUUCUCAAUUGUUUCGGGAAGAUGCUGAAUCUUUUACUUAGAAAAGUUGCUACUAGUGACGACAUAAGUGGAAUUUGCAGUACUACUACAAUAAUUCCUGCCAUUGAGUUCUUACAGGCUGUCAGAUGUAUUAUAACUUUAUCUCAUCGAAGAUGGUUGCAGUCUGAAGAUACUAUACUGGUUAAAUUUCUACUUGAUGUUAUUGUUUGCUCUCAUGGUGUGUCAUGUUGGAUGCUUCGUUCAAUUUGUAAAGAAAAAUCUACUGCAAUUAGUAUGAGAUUUCCCACAGAGAGAAGUUCCAGUGAAUUACAGACAGUGGCUUUUGAGAUGCUUGGUGAAGCAAUCUCAAGAGCUGGGCCAUCCUUCCCUGUUGAUAUUUGGAGAUCGAUUCUUGAGGUAUUCAGAAAAACAAUGGAUGUCUUGGCAUUAAAAACCCCUGUUGUGGAAGAUAGUGUCAUGUCCAGGUUCUAUGAAUCUUUUCUGUGCUGUCUACAUCUGAUCCUCAUUGAUCCUAAAUGUUCAGUUUCAGAUCAUGUGUCAGUUUUUGUUGCUGUUCUGCGAAUGUUCUUAGUUUACGGCGUUUCUGGUAGAACAUCAGGUCUGCUUGUUGGUCAUGAGGAGAAGGAGCCUAAUAGUAUGAAUCCCAAGGCAAACAGGGAACAACUGAACAAAUCAGAUCGUGGUACAUAUAGACCUCCACACUUGCGCAAAAGGGACAGCUUGAAUGUGAAACUCAAUAGAGCUAGGCAUUCCCAAUACAUGUCAGAUAGUGAGUCUUCUACGGUUAAUGUUACAUCUUCAGAUUCAGAGUUUAGUGAUGGAGAUGGAUCAGCUAAGGAGAGUGGCAGAGUGCAGAACUCUAGGGUUAGAGUAGCUUCCAUAACUUGCAUACAGGAUCUUUGUCAAGCUGAUUCUAAAUCUUUAUCUAUGCAAUGGUCCUUGCUUUUGCCAACUAGUGAUGUACUACAACCAAGGAUGCAUGAUGCAACUUUAAUGACAUGCUUGCUAUUUGAUCCUUGUUUGAAGCCACGCAUGGCAUCUGCAUCCACGCUAGUGGCCAUGUUGGAUGGUCUCUCUUCCAUUUUCCUGCAAGUAGCUGAAUAUAAGGAAUCUAAUAAAUUUGGAUCUUUUAUGGCACUUUCAAGCUCCCUUGGGAAGAUUUUAAUGGAACUCCAUAGAGGUCUUCUUUACCUAAUAGAGCAUGAAGCUCACAGUAAAUUGCUGACUUUGUUAUUCAAGAUUCUCAGACUUUUGAUACUAUCUACACCAUAUUCAAGAAUGCCUCCAAAUUUGUUGCCUAUCGUUGUUACAUCUAUUAGAACAAGGAUCGAAGAAGGGUUUUGGAUGAAAAGUGAUCGAAGUAGUCUGCUGGCAGCUGCUAUUGGUUGCUUGACAUUAGCUUUGUCUACUUCACCAUCUUCUGCUCAAAUAAGGAAGAUGCUCUAUGAUGAGGUUUCUUCAGCCUCCUCAAUAACUUGUCAACUAAGAACCGAGCUUCGUAGUAUACAGUUGCAAAAUAAGUCUAUAUCUGAGUACUUGCUACAAAUUCAGACUAUUGUUGAUUCGCUUGGUUCAAUUGGAGUCACAAUUUCUCCUGAUGAGCAACUUGAUGUUAUUCUUGAGGGACUACCCAGGGAUUAUGAGUCCACUUUGUCAAUAAUCUGCAGUUAUAUUGUGACUGAAAAGAAGUCUGGUGUUCUUUCUACGUUAUUUGAAUAUUCAAUGCAAUGGAGUUGCCCAACCAUUUGCCUUGAGGCCCUUCAGGCACUGAAAGCUGUAUCCCACAAUUAUCCUAACAUAGUGUCUGCUUGUUGGGAAAAAGUUUCUGCUAUUGUGCAUGGCUUCCUUAGUACUGUGUGCCUUGAAGCUCCUUCCAGGCAGUCAAGUGAUCAUGUUGGUAGUCCUUCUUCAUUUAAUAAUGAAAAAGUUCUGAUCACUGCUAUUAAGGUUCUGGAUGAGGGUCUUCGGGCAGUCUCUGGAUUUCAAGGAACAGAAGAUCUUUCAGAUGAUAAAUUGAUGGAUAUUCCUUUUGCAUCUGAUUGCAUUAGGAUGAAGAAAGUGUCAUCUGCUCCAUCAUAUGAGCUAGAGUGCAAAGAUGAUGUUAUAGUCAACUUUGAAUCUUGUGGAUCAGGAAGUCAGCAGUGGUGUGAGGCAAUUGAGAAGCAUAUGCCUCUUAUUUUGUGUCACUCUUCAGCAAUGGUGAGAGCUGCAUCAGUUACUUGUUUUGCGGGUAUGACUUCUUCUGUAUUCAUUUGUUUUUCUAAAGAGAAACAGGACUUCAUAUUGUCUUCUUUAGUGCAUGCUGCUGUACAUGAUAAUGUGCCAUCGGUGAGAUCUGCUGCUUGUCGAGCCAUUGGUAUCAUUUCAUGUUUUCCACAAGUGUGUCAGAGUGCAGAGGUACUUGACAAGUUUAUCCAUGCUGUUGAGAUUAACACUCGCGAUGCCCUAAUCUCAGUUAGGAUAACGGCUUCAUGGGCAUUGGCAAAUAUAUGUGAUGCUAUUUGUCACUCUGAUAGAAUACUCCCCUAUGGGCAAAUGGGUUCAAACUCCAAUACCCAGGUGAUUGUAUCAUUGAGUGAAUGUGCUUUGCAUCUUACUAAGGAUGGAGACAAGGAUCAGGGAACGGGGAAGAUUAGACUUGCUAGGGAGGAAAAUGGGCCAACCUUCUUGAGGAAGCUCGUGGGACAUGUAGCACUAAAAGUCAACUUCCAUUGUCUUUGUUGUCAGAGUCACUUCCUUCCCACAAUAAAGACAUCUGGUUGUGUCACUAUCGUUUAGGACACCCUUCGUUUAGUACUCUAAAUAUUAUGUUUCCUAGCUUGUUUCAAGGACUAGGCAUAGGAGUGUUUCAUUGUGAUGAUUGUGAAUUUGCAAAACACAAAUGUGCUAGCUUUCCUAAAAUCAGUUUUGCUAUUAAUAAAGUUUGUCAAUCCGUGGCUAGUCCCAUGGACUCUCAUUGGGAAGUGGUUAAAAGGAUCUUAAGGUAUCUCAAGGGUACCUUGUCUCAUGGUUUACUUCUUCAGCCUGCUUCUACUGUGAAACCCUUGGCUUUUUAUGCAUUCUGUGAUGCUAAUUGGGCAUCUGAUGUGGAUGAUAGGUGUUCCACCUCAGGGGCUGCCAUCUUUCUUGGCCCAAACUUGAUAUCAUGGUGGUCUCGCAAGGAGAAGGUGACAGCCAGGUCCAAUACUGAAGCUGAAUAUCUCAGCUUGGCUCAAACUUCUACUAAAUUGACAUGGAGUCGGGCUCUUUUAACAGAAUUGAAAAUUCCCUUCACUACACUUUAUUGUACAAUCAAAGUGCUGUAUCGAUUGCUCAUAAUCAUGUGUUCCACAGUCGCAUGAAGCAUAUAAAAAUUGAUGUCUUUUUUGUUAGGGAAAGAAAUCCGAAUUAAAAUUACUACUCCAGCUGUCUACUGUGAUAUUCUCAGCACUGUUGCUUUGAGUCACAAUCCGGUUCUUCAUUCAAGGACGAAACACAUGGAACUAGACAUCUUUUUUGUGAGAAAGUUUUGGAUAAGUCCCUGCUGGUGUGUCAUGUUCCUGCCUAUGCUCAACUUGCUGAUGUGUUGACAAAGCCUCUUGCCAAACAGUCUUUUCUGGAUUUAUGAUCCAAACUCUGAGUGCUUUCUUUCACUAAGUUUCAAAGCACUCUGCGUUUGAGGGGGAAAUAAUAGUGUAUAGUAGAUGCAGCUGAGUCAUUGCUGACUCAGCAUAAGAGUUAGUUAGUUCAGCUAACUACUGUAGUUAGAAUCCUCUAUAUAAACCAUUGUGUAAUUCUGUUGUAACGAACUCAUUCAUAAAUACAAUAACAGUUUAGUUUUC